AUGAUGGUUUGGAUGGCGAUUAAAUUCGGUGAGCGGCCUGUCUGGCGGUCAACAUCCGACACCAUCAACAGCAAGGUGUUCAUUGCAAUCGUCAAGGAUGCUUUCGGCUACAACGGCAUAAGUCGGCGCCGAAUGGAUACUGUAAUUUUGCAGGACAAUGCACCUGUCCACCGCUCUAAAGAGGUAUGAAUUUGAUGCGGCUUGCAAAUAUAAUCUAACGUUCUAGACAACAACCACGCUCUCCGCAAUUGGCCUCCAAUCCAUUUUCAUCCCGGCCAACAGUCCCGAUUUGAAUGCUAUCGAAAAUCUUUUGGAAUAG